AUGGCCACGUCUCCAUGUGUAUAUGUGACACAGAGUAAAGCAUUCGGGUAUUGUCUACCAAAAGACGACGAUGCCAAAAGCCAAGAUGAUACUCACCAUCUUAAACGUGAUGGACGGUCUAAUGAAAUCUACUGUGAUAUGAAAACGGACGGUGGAGGAUGGACUGUAUUCCAAAAAAGAAGGGAUGGAUCAGAAAAUCUUUAUCGCACUUUCCUUGAGUAUCAACAAGGAUUUGGAGAACUAAAUGGUGAAUUCUGGCUUGGACUUGAUGCAAUUCAUCGACUUACAGUUGAUGUUACUCUCAGAAUUGACAUGAUGGCGCCAGGCAACAGCAAAGCGUACGCAAAGUACGACGACUUCAGUAUUGGAAAUGCAAAAUCCAAGAAUGUUAUCUACUUUGGACGAUACAGUGGAACAGCAGGUGAUGCACUGAGAAUUCACAAAGGAAUGAAAUUUUCUACACCUGACUAA